UUGCUCGUCAUUCUUAACCUCACUUUUAAGCUGACCUCAACUUGCUUUCCCGUUUUAUACCCAGCAUCAACAUCAUCAGCCUUACAUAUAAGCCCGAGUCUGUCGAACCUUGACUAUCAUUGCUGCCGCCACCACCACCACCACCACCGUCAUCGUCAUCGUCAUCAUCACCAUUCCUGUUCUUCUGCUCCUUGAGCCUUUCAUGUAGCGCAGCAGAGUCUAUAACGAGAAAUCACAGCUACCAUGAGGAAUAACUCAUUUUUGAAGCCCACUCGUCCCACGACGAGUGGUGCCAUACCACCAUUUCCCAGACGACAAAUGUUGGUUCUAGCAAUCUGCCGGAUAUGUGAACCAAUCGCAUUUAUGGGUAUUUUCCCAUAUAUCUACUUCAUGAUUGAAGAUUUCAACAUCACCGAGGAUAAGAGCAAGAUCUCUUUUUAUGCUGGCAUGGUCACAUCUGCAUUCACCUUCGCUGAAUUCUCAACCGGCCUAAUGUGGGGGCGACUGAGCGACAAAAUUGGAAGGAAACCCGUGCUACUCACAGGUCUUAUUGGCACUGCGCUCAGUGUUUUAAUCUUUGGUUUUGCUCCUAAUUUGACCGUUGCUCUCCUUGCCCGCGCCGUGGGAGGUCUUCUGAAUGGAAACAUGGGAGUUCUUCAGACGACCGUUGCUGAGUUAGUGACUGCCAAGGAGCAUCAACCUCGAGCUUAUACCAUUAUGCCGGUUGUAUGGUGUCUAGGGUCAAUCAUCGGGCCCAUGAUAGGCGGUGCGCUUGCUCGCCCGUGUAUCAGUUAUCCCAGCCUGUUUGCACCUGGUACUAUCUGGGAUAGAUAUCCCUACCUCCUUCCUAACCUAUUUAGCGCCUUCGUUGUUCUUAUCGGGGUUAUCAACGGCAUUCUAUUCCUUGAAGAGACUCAUUCUGAGAAGAAGCAAAAGCCAGACCGCGGGCUGGAGUUGGGAAACUGGAUCCUUUCCUGCUUGCCGAUUUUCGGGAAAUGCGCAGAAUCACGAGACGAAAAAGCCAAAUUUUCUGAGAUGGAGACGCAGCCACUCAUCGACCACGAGGAGCAGUUGCCUGGAUACCGAACGAACGAGGCUACCCCGGAGAAUUCCCCACGCAUCCGAUCGGCUUCCGUACCUUCGAUUUCAUGGGAAACGCUUGACCUGGAAAGUAGCCGUGAGGAGUCAAGCCUUGGAAUUUCAAAGAUCUUCACCCGACCAGUAGUAUUAAAUAUCGUGUCAUUCGGUAUUUUGGCUUUCCACACAAUGACCUUCGAUCAACUUUUCCCCGUGUUCCUAAGCACGGCACCGCCAGAGAACAAGGUGCCAACAUCACUACCUUUCAAGUUUGUUGAUGGGUUUGGACUCGACAGCAAAACAAUUGGGAUCAUCCUAAGUGCCCAGGGGGCCUACCAGCUGCUGAUCAACAUGUUCCUAAUUCCUCCCGUUCUGAAACGAUUCGGCGCACGCCGCCUAUUCCGAUUUUUGGUCGUCAUUUAUUUCGCACUUUACUUGGUGACGCCGUAUCUGGUGCUACUUCCCGAGCAGUACCGCAUGAUGGGCGUUGGGAUGGUUCUUGUCUGGAAGUGCACAUUUGCGAGCAUGGCGUACCCGAGUAAUGCCAUUCUAACCGCCGACUCAGCACCGAGUCACCUAGCCCUCGGCACUAUCAAUGGUGUAGCAGCCUCCACAGCGAGUCUUUGCCGAGCAUUCGGACCAACCAUCUCUGGAAUUCUUUACGCCGUCGGCCUGCAGUCCGGUUACUCAGGCCUUGCGUGGUGGUGCAGUGCUCUGGUGGCCAUCAGUGGUGCGAUCGUCGGGUUUCAAAUCGAAGAGCCGCAGACUCACGCAGACACCACAACAGUCCCCGCGAAUAACGCAGAACUCAUUCGACCAGACACAGCCCCGGCCGCCGGUCAAGCAGCUCCCUUGCAGUCGGGAGCGUAAGUGGUUUCAUUCGGAGUCUUUGUUUCAUUUAGCGGGAUUCCAGGUAGAAUACAACAGGGCUUACUACAUUCGGGUUACGACAUUUAAUGACUUAUUCCUUUCGGCGCCGGAUCUUUCUGUAUCGGAUCAUCACGGCCUUGUCAUUCAUAUCUAUGGUUGGGAAAAGGGUAUUCUAUUAAUCACAUAGACUGGUUGGGCGACUAGAUUUUCUCUGUUCCUCGGAAAGGAACU